GGCUAAUUUCCACAGUAUUGUAUAGCCACAAACUCAACGUAGAGAAAAAGAAAGAUCUAGAUGGAUAUGGAUAAAGCCUCUGACUCCGAGUCUACCCCCGGCGCCGGUAUGGAUAAAGCCUCUAACUCUGACUCUACCCCCGGCGCCGGCAGGGAUGUGCACCUUAUCCAUUUGAAUAAAAUGUCACACAAGAUCUCCAAACCCACUAGAAAGCAACUACCCCCUCCACCGCCUCCUAAUAUCCCUAUUUUUGAGAAUAUCAAUCAAAAUCCCCAAUCACAGCCGCCGCAGAACAACCUACAGCAGCAACAGCAGCAGCAGCAGCCGCCGGUUUACAAUAUUAACAAGAAUGACUUCCGCGACGUUGUUCAGAAGCUCACUGGCUCUACAGCUCACGAGCGUCCCACGCCAGUAAGCCAGCCGAGGCCACCGAGCUCCCGGCUUCAAAGGAUCCGGCCCCCGCCCUUGGCUCAGAUUAUAAACCGCCCGCCGCCUCUGGCACGGGUCCCGGCUUCAGGUCCUGACCCGUCCCAAAUGGAUGGGUUAGCCGGUGGUCAACGGGCUGUGCAACCAUUCUCCCCGCUUCCGCCGCUUCCGGCUGUGCACGCAGCGGCGGAGUCCCCGAUCUCCGCCCACAUGCGGUACCUCCAGUGCUCAAUCUCAUCUUCUUCUGGUGCUUUGCCGCGGUGGAACAGCCUUGCACAUCCCCAGCAGCAGCAACGGUCACCACCAGCGUCAUCUUCUACUGCCUCACCACUAUCAUUUCCAACUCUUCCGCUGUCUCCGUUGCCAUUUGGAUGUGUGCCAUCACCUAGAUCUCCAUACGCUGUGCCGUCACCGAGCUUAUUUUUGCCCACAGGUCAAUUGGGGUUUCCACAUCUUCCUUUAUCGCCAACACCGCCGGUUCCAAGCCCAAGGUGGAAGAAUAACUAAAGAAUUUCAUCACAUCUGAAAGGUAAGAUUGAUUAGUUUUUUUUAUUUAUAUUUUUUUACUUAGCAUUUUCAAUGGUAAACCUGUAAUUUGCACAUACACAUGAAUCGGGGAAGAUUAUAAUGAAAAAUGACUAGUGUAUUACAUAGUGGAAAGAGAUGAAGAUCAGCACUUGUUAAUCAGUGUUUUGUUCUGUAUAUGAAUGGUAGUGACAGUGAAGGGAAACUGUAAUUGCAUCUGUACUAGUUUGUUUAUGUUUUGAAUUUGAUUGACUUUUUUUUCCCCUUAAAUAUUAAUGUUUCACUUUUGGUAGUUUUUCCA